AUGGAUUCGAGGGACUCGUUUGAUCCGUUCGCCAUCUCUGCUCUCCCCGCCGGCUUCGACUUCAACAGCUUCGACGAGACCGAGACCGAGACCGUACGCUUCACCGACACACUGGCACUGGACCAAAGUCAACAUCAGCGGCAGGAUCAGGAUCAGGAUCUUAUCUUCCCAGCGGACUGGGACCAAGAGUCGCCGCCAUACGACGGAAACCUCUACGUGACGCCCCUCAGCUGGGCGCGUCCCUCAGAGCAUAGGGUCGAGCCCAAGGUUGAGCCCAAGAUCGAGCCAGUUCCGUCGGCGCGAUACACGACAAUGAACUCGCUCACCCCGGCGCAGCAAGAGAAACUCCGCAACAUUGCCAUGCCUCUCCACCUCCAAUACCGGGGCCUACACAGCCCACAGUCGACCGCGAGCUCCAAGAGCCACUCCAUAUCCUCCCCCGAUAGCCACAAUGACCGCGGCAUAAAACGCAAGUCUUCCACAGACGCAGAGGGCGAGGAGGACGAUGAUUCGAACCCGCCCAUCAAGAAGACUGCCCAUAAUAUGAUCGAGAAGAGAUAUCGCACAAACUUGAACGACAAGAUUGCUGCGCUGCGGGACAGUGUACCGAGUCUACGGAUCAUGACCAAGAGCGCGAGGGGCGAAGAUACCGCCGAUGAUCGGGAGGAGCUUCAAGGCUUGACUCCGGCUCAUAAGUUGAACAAGGCGACAGUCCUGAGCAAGGCAACCGAGUACAUUAACCACUUAGAGAAACGCUGCAAGCGAUUAGAAGCUGAGAAUGCCGAGCAAAAGGCUCGCCUCGCUGCAUUCGAAACACUGUUCCGAUCCGGAUCCAUGGGCUUCAAUCAAGCCCACCCCAUGAACAGCACUUUCCAGUUCACACCAGACUACAGCAGUACAGGCCCACCAACUCCAGGCAUGGAGCCCCAAGGGCUGAUCUCAAUCCCAGACGGCAUUCGAAGACACCAGAGUGCAGGUCAAAUGGGUCAACAGGCAUUCUCCGGCCCCCAAGAGACGCCCUAUCGCCAACAAGCCAUGGGCCCUAACGGGUGGAAUAGUGGUUACUUUGGCAAGCUUAUGGUUGGAUCCCUCGCAGGCCUCAUGAUUCUGGAAGGCUUCAGCCACGGCGAGCAAGCAGAUGACUCUCCUGGAGCGCGAGGUUUAUCAGCUCUCCCUUUACAACUUCUCAAGUCCCUGAGCUCAACACUUCACUCUUCACUCGACGUCAGUGCACUUGGCUACCAUGUUCCCGCGGCAGAGACGUUGGGAUAUAUGAAGCUUUUCUUCAUGCUUGGCGCAGUUGUCUUCGUUUGCCUAUCAUCACUAUUCUCCCCGAAGCCUAAACCGGGGACCAAGCCUAAGAUUGCGUUGCUCUCCGCAGCACCUUCCCUGGCAUCCUCCAUCUCGGUUCGGCGACAAGCUUGGUUGACUGCCAUUCAGACAGUCUGGGUCCCACGCCACCAAUUCCUCCUGGAAGCAUGCGCCCUGCUGUUGAAGAUGGUAAAGCUGAGCAUGCGGAAUGUCAUAGGUGCACAGAGCUACACUGUGCUCACCGGUAUCACUCCAGAACAAGAGGCAGCUAGGAUCAAGGCUUGGACUAUCGCCCUUGACGCCCAACUCACCGGUGGAGACGUCGAGGUAAGCAAGAGCCGACUCACAUUGACCUUGCUUGCCUCCGGUACUCUACCUGAUACUCCCGCCCGCCUCAUGCUCAAGGCAUUGCAUAUCCGUGUGUUACUAUGGGAGGUGGGAAACGCUGGUUUCAAUGGCUUCUAUCUCUUUCACGAAGUGGCUGCUAAACUGGCUCGCUGGAAGUGGAAUGAGGCCAAGCAAUUGCACCGCCUGUUAUCUCACACCUUGGAAAAGCAAGAUGAUGAGCUUCCAGAUUACCUUCUUGCCCUACUGGAGAAGGAAUGCGAUGAUGUCCUUGUCAACAGCAUUUCUCAGCGCGCUUACAAUCUGGCUUGGAACCUGCCCACGACUAAUAACAUCGAAGGAUCAAGCGACGGCAUGGAUGGCGUUGUUGACGAUUUUGCCAUUCGCAGUCCCCUUGAAGCCGUUGCAGCCUGGUACUCAAGCCUCGUCCUACAACGAGCUCUGGUCAAGAGCCUUCAGUCACCCUCCGACGACCUUGCGGCACAGAAUUCUAUCGUCGACGAUAUUUCGACAGCAAUCAAGACUGCGCCUACUGGUUCUCGUGCCCACGUCAGAUCCCUCGUCGCCCGUGCUGUUCUGGUCAGGGAGAAGCGUGGAGCUAGCAUUGCAGACUCCAUAAAGGCCCUGGAUCCGCUGGAGAAAGCGGGUGGCGAGCGUGCUCCCGGCCUCCCCAGCAGCAGCAGUAUUUUCCUUGCUGGCCUUCCCGACGCCAAGAUGGCUCUACGGUGCGCCAUGGCCACUGCUUUCAUCGAACGCUUCCCAGCACCUUCUAAUCCUGUAAUGGCUUCUCGCAUCAUUCGCUCCAUCUCUCCCAGCAACACCCUGACUCUUCUUGGUUUCACUGCCGCUUUCAAGCUCAUGGAGCGAAUAAACGGCCACGAUCUGGUCGCUGCUUCCUGCAGCCAACCACUUGAGAAGCUGGCUGGUGACCUCCGCAUCUGGAUCGGUGGCAAGAACGAAAUUACAGCUGUCUUGGACAAGGAAGCCAAGAGAGAUAUGAUCGACACGUGUUCGAGCAUCCUGAAGCGCACCGUUCUCCUGCAGGACGCUGGCUACGAGACGAUGAGCGAUGAAGAUGAUGACGAGAGUUGCUGA